UCCAUAGAGUCGCAAAGAGUCGGACACGGCUGAGGCGACUUAGCACGCACUUUGUGGGUGGGGGCAGUCCCUCAAAAUGUGGUCUUCCUCCAUUUGCUUCUUCAUCGCAGCUUGUCGCCUCUGCCAGAUCAAGACCUCUUUAAGGACAGUAUAAGGAUAUGACUCAAGUUUAUUUCUGCAUAACUCUUACACACAAUAAAAGUUUACUGAACAAACAAAUCCGUUGUAUGCCCCUCCCACCGGACAGGAAACGGUCUGUGAGAGGGAGAGUAGACUGAUGAUGUGAGCCAGGACGUUUGGACUUAGGUUUCCAAGGACUGAAAGCGAUGCUCAGUGAGUCGAGACUCUACAGUUCGAGCAAAGCUAGGAUGGAUGGAAAGGCGAUCCGUCUGGAUUUUGUCAGAGGGUGGGCGGAAGAGUCGGGGGUCGACACUGGAAUCUUGGUUCUCAGAGGGAGCCGAGAGGCCUGGGCUCGAGCUUGAGGCGGUUUGGAAUUGGAAGGUACGAAGUGCCUACUUUGAGGCUGUCUGGAACCGAGGUCGGGGACGCGGAUACCCAAAGUCAGCGAGCGUCAAGGGACUCCGCGGUCCGAAGUGGGCGGGGAAGGGCUUCAUUCUGGGAGCCUGGACCCCGCCCCUUUCCGAGGGCGCUAGCCCGGAUUGGCUGUUCGUCCUUGACGUCUUGGAGCCCCGCCCCGGCGCGCGCCCGGCCGCGUGCCCACCCCCGCGCGGCUGCUGCAUCCUACUCUAGCUCCGCCACAGCUUGUUCACUGAGCGGAUUCCUGAGCCCCAGCGGCGAGGAGCUCGUCGUGGGGCUCCUGGGCCGCGGCAGCGGGCAGGCAAUGCUCCAGAGGCUUAGGCAGCCAUGGAGGCCGAGACGGGCGGCCUGGAGGAGCUGACGGAUGAAGAGAUGGCGGCUCUGGGCAAGGAGGAGCUGGUGCGGCGCCUGCGGCGGGAGGAGGCGGCGCGCCUGGCGGCUCUGGUGCAGCGCGGCCGCCUUAUGCAGGAGGUGAAUCGGCAGCUACAGGGUCACCUGGGCGAGAUCCGCGAACUCAAGCAGCUCAACCGACGCCUACAGGCCGAGAACCGCGAGCUGCGCGACCUCUGCUGCUUCCUGGACUCGGAGCGCCAGCGCGGGCGGCGCGCCGCGCGCCAGUGGCAGCUCUUCGGGACCCAAGCAUCCCGAGCAGUGCGCGAGGAUCUGGGCGGUUGUUGGCAGAAGCUGGCCGAGCUGGAAGGCCGCCAGGAGGAGCUGCUGCGGGAGAACCUGGCGCUCAAGGAGCUCUGUCUGGCGCUGGGCGAAGAGUGGGGUCCCCGAGGCGGCUCCGGCGGCUCGGGGGGCUCUGGCGCUGGGCCGGCACCCGAGCUGGCCUUGCCCCCCUGCGGUCCUCGUGACCUGGGCGAUGGAAGCUCCAGUACCGGCAGCGUGGGCAGCCCCGAUCAGUUGCCCCUGGCCUGCUCCCCAGAUGACUGAGGGCACAGCUUCCCGCCGAUGCCCGCCCGGAUUGUUCCUCAAGCGACGAGACUGCGGUGAAUCUGGGGACCCGGACGCCGCCCCGGCCGCGCACGAAGGGCCGAUGGAAUGGACUUAGAAACCCUAACACUGAGGAAGGCCCCUGGCUCUCGCUGGCGGGGCAGUAGGGGGACUGGAGGCUGGAGUGGAGGGACUUACUGGGGGCUGGGUGGAGGCUAAUAAACUGAGGCGGAAGCAGA